UGUGGGCCCCCUCCUGUCUAGAGAAUCCUGCCAGGCUCAGCAGCAUGUCUUCCAGGACCUUCAGCACUCUUGCUAGGAUCUACCUCCUGGGGCUGCUCCUCUCCAUUCUCCCAGGGUCCCUGGCCCAGGUGAAGCUGGUGGAGAAAGGAGGCAAGAUGACACACGAGGGCCAGUCUGUGACGCUGACCUGCAGGGCCUCUGGCUUUAAUUUCAAGGAUUACUCCAUGUCUUGGCAUUGGGGCUCAACUGAGAGCCAGAGGGAGCUUGUGGCCAGCAUCAGUCCCAAAACUGGCAGUAACAAAGAGUAUGGGCCCCGUGUUAAGGGAAGGGCUUUCAUCACCAGGAACAAUGAAGCCCAAACUGUCUCCCUGACCUUGAGCCAGGUCCGGAAGGAAGACUCAGGGAAAUACUACUGUGCUAGAUGGGAGCAGCAUGGGUUUAGGUUUCUUUCUGUAUCACAGUGAUCUUCUAAGUGGGACAAUUUUGGUCCAGGAACAGAGCUGACUGUGUUGCCAUUGCAACGCACAGUGCUAAUAGAGUCAGGGGGAGGAUCCCACCAAGUUGGAAGGACCCUAAACCUCAAAUGCCAAACCUCUGGUUUCGAGUUGAAGACAAGCACACUUGGCUGGUACCGUUGGGCUUCUGGCCAUGUUCUGCAGUGGUUGGCCAGUCUGGACAGUAGUUCUACAGAUGCCGCUGAAGCCCGAAUCACCACCUCCAGGGAGGACACUGGUAGCCAAAUUUUGCUACAGAUUGAGGGCCUGCACCUCAGAGAUUCUGGCCAGUACUACUGUGCAAGGAGAGUAGGCAAUGGAGAUGACACAGACAAGUUGGUCUUUGGUCGUGGGACAGAUGUGACCGUGGAACUUGGACCUCGAGAACCCCUGUCACCCAGUGUAUUCUUGAUGAGGGAUCAAGAUGCUGUGGCCUGCCUGAUCAGGAACUUCUACCCUAAGGAACUUCAUGUGUCUCUGGAUUCACCAGGGUCUUUGAUCUCAGCCCAGCACCUUACUCUGAUUCCCAUGGCCAAUGAUACCUACAGUGCUGUCCAGAUUGGCAGGGUUGGUGAGAAUGAUACAGUAACCUGCUCAGUGACGCACCUUGGCAAAGAGAUACAUGUAUCCUACAAGCUAGAUCAUACUGGACCAGACCCUGCUAUUACCACUGAGCAGAAAGUGUCUUGCCUUAAGCAGGAUCCAAUGGAAGGACCUGAAGGGGGGAACAAGCUACUCCUCAGUGUGCUGGGCCUGAGACUGCUAUUCAUGAAGACUGUGGCCAUCAAUGUUCUCUUCACUACCAAGGUCUUGAUCUUCUGAGGAAGAACAUGAGGAACAAAGUCUAAGAAGCUACCACUUGGAUUCUGGAUCUCUCUGGGGACCCCAGAAUGACUUCUGAAUAGCCUCAAGAUCACUCCUGAAUGACCUCAAGGACCCAUAAUUAUCCCAGUUAGAUUCAAUCCCCUCUGAACUGCAAACUCUUCAUUCCUGGACCUAUAUUCCCUAUGAUUUAGAAUUCCUCAUUCUUUUAGUCUUACAAUAAUGACAAAAAAGCCUUGUCCUGUUCUGAUCUUCUAUGUAUCGUGGUGGAUCAUUCAAAGGCCAAGUCUACUUGGAUUUGACAUCUUAGCCUACUGUGAUACCAUACUCCCUUCCCACCCCCAGUACCUUCUUUCUUUUGGAGGCUCUGUUUCUUUUUUUACAUUUUUAUUUAAAGUUUUUAGUUCCAAAUUCUAUCUUUCCUCCCCUCCCUCACUUCUCCCCUGCCUGUGACAGUAAGCAAUAAGAUGCAGAUUUUGAAUGUGCAAUUAUGUAAAAUAUUUCCAUAUAGUCACUUUAUAUA